CCCGCCAUCGUUUCCCUCCACUGCUCACCUCCUCCCCGCCUCAUUAAAAUCUCCUACUCGUCCCCCCACCAAUCUCCCCAAGCAAUCCCACAUCUCCGCUGCGCCGCCCCGCUUCCCAGCGCCUCCGCCUCCUCCGUCCGGCGAUGGACCGCCGCUUCCGCGCCACCCCGCGCGCGUCCGAGAGCAGCAACCACCACCAGCGGUUCCUCCGCCCCGGCGCGCUCGCGCGCCUCCGGGACUCCAGGAUCGUGGCCCGCUCGCUCCAGUCGUCGGCGUGCCUCCUGCUCCCGCGGUCCGCCCCUCCGCUCCCCUCGCCGCCGGCCGUCGUCGCCGCGGCAGAGCAGGCUGGUGAACCGCGGUUCCUGGGGACGGGCGGCUCCGGGCGGUACCCGCUCCGGAGGAGGGUCGCCGCGGCCAGGGGCGUGGCGUUCUUGCCGCCGCCGUCGCCGUAGCCGGGCGCGGAGGUCCCGUCGCCGGAUCCCGGUCUCCCGGCGCCGAGAUUAGUUCAGAACGUGUGUCUAGAGCUCUAGAUUUGUGUUUAGUUCAGUAUGAUCUGUGCAGAUUUUUUGCUGUUUCUCGGUUUACUUAGUUUGGAUUUGAGGAGGAAUAAUUUACUUCGGAUUUUUCAUAUUCUGAUGCAACUUUGGUCAAGUAGAGCCAGGUAAUCUUCACCUCGCUAGCAAGCUGCAGUGCAGAUGCUAAUUGCUUUAAUGUGGGACAACUGGAUCCAAAUCCGAUUAACAUUGUGACUUA